UUCGUUUCAAAGCAAAUAUUUGGCAUCCAGAUUCUGGAGACAGAGAGUGACAACUGGGGGAACAUGGGAAUUGCUUUUCCCUUCAUGCAUUAGAAGGGAGUCGUAGAGGUCUAUCGGCAUAGAAAAAGACUCUUGAAGAACCCAUUCAGUCCGUGCCAGUCAGAACUAACCACCCAACUAUUCUGACCCCAUUUUCCAGCACUUGGCCCAUGGCCUUGUAUGCCUUGACGUCGCUGGUGUACAUCUAAAUGUUUCUUAAGUGUUAUGAGGAUUUCUCCCUUACAGGCAGUGGACUUCCAGAUUUCCACUACCCUCCGAGUGAAGAAAGGUUUCCUCACACUCCCUCUAAACCAAGUACCCCUUAGUUUAAAUCGGUACCCCCAUUCAUUGUUCUCUUCACCAAGCUUCUCCUGUCUACCCUGUUUACAUUCCUCAAUGUUGUACAUCUCAGUGUUGUCCCUGUCAACCUGCUCUGCUCCAAGGAAAAUAAACCCAGUCUGUCCAAUCUCUGUUCAUAACUAAACUUUCCAGCCAGCAAAAUCCAGGUGGCCGAAGGCUGAGGUAGCGCACUGGAGGUGAUGCUGGAUCUCUUUGUCAUCAGCUGCUUUGGCCAACAGGAUACUCCCGAGGUAUUAGAAGUGAUCAACGUUCUCUAAGGCCUCCCCGUGGACCUUGAUGACCAGCAGUUUGCCCUACAAUGUCAGCCCAGGGCCAAUUACACUCUGUGACUGUAUAAAGAGAGCUGAUUUUCACCUCUGAAUACAGACAAGGUGCAGGAUUCAUUCCAAAGAACAGGUGGAAGUCAAGUGAAGAAUCUACAAAGGAACUUCCAAAGAUGCUUGCUCCAAUGUUGCUUGUGCUUCUAUCCACCCUUGUGGGAUCAAUUUGGACAAAUGAGAGUGAAAGCAGUCACUCAAUCCUGGAUGUAAAGCCGACAGAGAAACGGUACUCUGAGGCUAUUUUAGCCAGUGACUACAGUAAAUAUGUUGACACCAUGAUGUCCAAAAACUUUGUUGAUUGGUUAAUCGCAGCCAAACGGACCAGUAGAAAUGGCGAAUCUCUUGAAGGUGUGAAGAGGGAUAUAAAUGUGGUGCCCACCACACCUCGCUCUCCCAACUCAGAGCUUCAGUCAGCUAAAAACUUCCAGGUCUGGCUCUUAAAACACCAAGGAAAGAGAAGUUGUACUCGAUCUGUGGAUCCCGUUUCUUCCCUCCUGGGAGAUCAGCUUAUUCAGGAGUUGCUGGACAGAAUUCAUAUCGCCACUGAGGUCAUGAACCAAAGGACCCAGGAUCCCCAGUGAUGUGAUCGCUUGAAACUCACCAAUCACAGGAAUGGCA